AUGGAGAGGCUGCUCCUGUGCUCCGUUUGUGAAAAUGGAUUAAUUCACUCAGAUCACUUUUGCAACGCCGACAAGUUCACAGUGGGGAGAGGCAUUCACUCUGGUUGUAAGAAGGGAUUUGUGAGUUUGUCUGACUCGCUGAGACAUAAGUGUGCUCAUAGUACUGAGAAAAUUUACAACUAUAUAGACUGUGAGAAGUGUUUGACAACUUAUGGGCAACUGGCACGCCACCAGAGUGUUCACACAGAUGAGGGACCAUUCAAGUGCUCUCAAUGUGAGGCUGGGUUCAAGAACUCAUCUGAACUCAAGUUAUAUCAACGCACUAACACUGGGGAGAAGUUAUUCACCUGUUCCCUGUGUCAGAAGAAAAAAAAAACUCAAUCAUCUUACUUUUGGUCAUAA